UUACCCGUCUACUGUCGAAAUAAACAGUUGUUGCGCACGCCUAUAUCGACGGUUACAAUAAUGAUCGUUUGUGAUGUCGGGCUCCCAGAGCAAAUGAGAAGUCCGCUGCCUGCUGUAGCGCUAAGCCUAACUGUGACUUCGCUGCCACUGUGAUGAUCAUUGUUGCGGUGUGUGAUCCCUCUUGUGCUCUCCUUUCCGAGCCCAUGGGCAGUCUCGAGCAUCUGCGGUGCAGGUGGCUGUCCCGUCGGUGGCAAAGGCAGCAGAGUGGCUGAGGUGGAUGGGUGAGCAGGUGCUGCGCCUCGCGGAGGAGGUGCUGCGCCUGGAGCGGGAGCUGGCCCAGCAGCGGCAGCUGCGCGCCCACCAGGCACAGCGCGCCCACGCCCAGGCACAAGCCGUGCGGCUCUGGGUCGCCCAGCGCCUCAGGCAGCUCGAGGAGCACAACACCCGCCUGCAGGAGCAGAAUGAGCGGUGCAACGAACAGCUGGAGGAACUGAGACGGCGACUGACGCACCUGAGCGAGCAGCUGACAGCCAGCGCGGGUGCACCACCCGACGACGACGAGGCCCCGCCCGCCUACACGGCUGCUGUCCUACACCCCACGAGUUGCCCCGGAGUACGGUUGGAGCGUAAGCGGUUCCGGGAGGUGACCACCCUCUCCUCGUGCAGUUCCAUGGCCUCCCCCGAGGAAGAUGGCACAGCCCACAAGGGGUGGCCAAGCCAAGCAUCGGAAAGUUGUCGACGAGGUGUAGUGGCUCCAGAUGAAGAGUUGCACGACUACGCCGAGAUCUACACCCCAAGCAGGGAAGAGGGUCCGCCUGUUCCAGGUAGCAAUGACCCUACUGGGCGGCCCCCUACACCCCCCAGGCACCGUUUCCCAUCCUGGGAGUCUCGCAUCUAUGAGGUAGCAGCCAACGGCAUCAUCCAAUCACUCCACUCAGGCACGUCAGGUGCCUCGAGCCUGGAAGGUACCCUGCCGGGCAGCCGCCUCCACAGUGCCUUCUCCGAGCUCAGCGUGCCCGUCUAUGCCGCCGUCAAAGGGCGAGCAUCGCAGAUUCGCUCAAUGCCUUUCACGGGAGAGUCAUCGGAUUCGUCGGACAACGAGGAUACCAGUCGGACGCCCCUCAGCGGAUCCAGUGACCGAUCUCCGAAGGCAGUUGGCGUGCGCAGAGAGACUUCGGCCGAGUCGCUGCUGUCGGACGACUAUGCGGUUCCUCCGGAUGCAGUGUCGACCACUGCCGACACCCUGAGCUUGGACUCCCUCGAGCCGCACCCACCUGUAGUCUCCAGGGGCACCCAGGAGUGCCUUUAUCCUGUCGUACCUGAGCCGGCUGAGAAAAGCGGCUACCUGACCAAGCUCGGGGGCAAGCUCAAAACCUGGAAGCGCCGAUGGUUUGUCCUGGCCAAUGGGACACUUCGAUACUAUAAGGCACAGAGUGAUGUUGGCCGCAAGCCAAGAGGCCAGAUUGCCCUGGAUGAAGUCUGCAGAGUCACUCGUGCCCAUGGUGCCACCACCUUUGAGAUAGCAACGGACAAGCGGUCCUUCUACCUGACAGCUGACUGUACUUCCACCAUGGAAGAGUGGGUACGAGUGCUGCAGCAGGUACUACGCAAUCGGCAGCUGGGAAGCAGUCAUGGCACGGGUGAAUCCGGCCGGCCCACGGUGGAUGGCUGGGUGACCAAGGUCAAGCAUGGCCAUGCCCGCCGUUGCUGGGGGGCUCUCAUUGGCCGCACCUUCUUCUACUAUCGGGCCCCAGAUGACACGAACCCCUUGGGACAGAUUCCUCUGCGGGACGCUCGAGUGGAGGAAGUGCUGCACCUGUCGGACAGUGAUGAAGACGAGGCGGGCGGUGACAAGAGCGAGCGCAGCGGCACCACUACUCAGCAGCAGCAGCAGCAGCAGCAAUUCACGGUGGCCUUGCUCCCACGGAACCAGUCGCCCACCUACCUCCUUUUCCCCACCAGGCAGGAUAUGGAUGCAUGGCUUUACCACUUGACGGUUGUGUCGUCAGGAGAGAACACAUCGGGUAGCCAGUAUGAGCAGCUGAUCAGCCGGCUGCUCGAAGUGGAUGGAGACCCAGGGAGUGUGGUGUGGCGUCACCCGCUGCUGCUGCACAGCAAGGAGCCCCUGAGCCAACCGCUGACCAGCCUGGCCUCCGAGGAGCUGCAGUCGCAGGCGCUACGGCUAUUCAAGUCAGUGCAGCUCUUCAUGGGUGUCCCCCUGGAGGCAUCGGGCAUCGACUACCACGUGGCCCUGGCCCAGAACUCUCUGGCCCAGUGCCUCUCGUGCCCUGCGCUCCAGAACGAGCUCUUCUGCCAGCUGAUCAAGCAGACGUCGCCACUGCCGGGGGGACACCGGCUGGCCGGCGUACAGCAACUGCUGCUGUGCGCUACUCAGUCCCUGUUCCUGUGCGACUCAUCAUCCGAGAAGGGUUCCCCGACGACCGACAAGGCUGGCGGACCACCACCUCCACCAUCCCCGGCGCCGCCGUGCCAUCAGGCGCCGCCGCCCCCUUACCAGCAGCCGGCCGACUGGGUGCUCGUGCAGGGAUGGCAGCUGCUUUCCCUCGCGGUGGCCCUCUUCCCGCCACGCAACAGGACUCGGUGGCUCUUGAGGAAGCACCUUUUGCGGCACGCAGACUCCAGGAGUGAACCGGGCCAGUAUGCGUCAUUCUGCGGCCGGGCCCUGGAGCGUGCCCUGAAGGCGGGCAGCCCCCGGGAGUGCCGUCCCUCGCGCAUGGAGGUGCUCAGCAUCCUGCAGCGCAACCCGUUCCACCACUCCCUGCCGCACUCCAUUCCCGUCCACUUCCUCAACGGCACCUACCUGGUUGUUGGCUUUGACGGCUCCACUACAGUGGAUGAGUUCAUCGGGACAUUGACCCAGGAAGCCGGCAUGCGUGACCCAAGCCAGUCGGGCUUUGCACUCUACAGUGACGACCCCAUUGACAAGGGUGUCCAGCACUGCCUCAACCUCUCCACUCAUAAAGGGGACUCCCUGCUGGCAGAUGAAGUUUACCUCUGUAGCACACUCAAGCUGUGUGAUGUCAUCUCGCGCUGGGAGCAGGCGCUCCGAGAGCGCCACCUGGGUAAAGUGGAGAACACCCGUGUCAUCUGCCUCACCUUCAAGAACAGGCUGUUCCUGCGGCAGUACCAGAAGGCGGAGACUGAACGGGAACGACUGCUCACCUGCUAUGCCUUGCACGGGGAGCUCAUGCAGGGGCGGUUCCCCCUAACGCACGAAAUGGCUCUCGAGAUGGCCGCCCUCAUGGCACAGAUCGAGUAUGGCGACCAGUCGGGCGAGCGGGCGCGGUCCAGACCCCAGCUUAUGCAGCAGGCCUUGGAGCGCUUCUUGCCCCAGCAGUUCCUGCUGCCAGACAACAAGAGCCAGCAGGAGAGCCUCGGGGAGAGGUGGGCCACCCUCAGGGGGAGGCCCGUGCAGGACUGCGUGCGCAUCUAUCUCAACUGUGUCCGCAAGUGGCCCCUGUGUGGCGCGAAGCUAUUCGCUGCCAAGAUGAAAAGCAAGGAGCAGCAGAGCCUGUGGCUGGCUGUGUCCGAGGAUGGCAUCAGCUUGCUCGACUGUACCACACUGCAACCGUGGGUGCAACAUCCGUACUCGAGUGUCAUGACGUUUGGCGGCUGCCGGGAGGACUUCAUGCUCGUUGUCUGCCCGGAGGCUGGCGAGCCCUGCACAGAGCGUCUGCUCUUUGCCAUGCCCAAGGCGCAGGUACUGGAUGUCACUCUCCUGGUGGCUGACUACAUGAAUGCACUAGGUGCCACAGGUGCAAGCGUGGCACCCUCUCCUGGUGGCAGCCUCGUGGUGGGAAGCGGGCGGAGCAGGCUCAACAUGAACCCGUGUUCUGCAACCUCCUCGCCCGCACUGUCCACUGCCUCAUCGCGACGACCACUGCUGCCAACCCCCGACUCCUGACGGUCGCCGUCUACCACGCCCCGACACCGGCCUGACUCCUCCGCUACUAGCACAGGCGGCACCGCUGUCACUGCUUCGCCCCGCAGUGGCAGAGCCACCUGGAAGUGAGGAAAGUCACCAUGGUUGGGGGCGUGGUGUCCCCCCCCCCGGAAAGGUGGAGAGGCCCAGGUGAGAGCCUUGUACCUGCCUGCCAACUCGCGCUCAUGUACAUCUCGCGGGUGCUUUUGCAAAGUUCGAAGAGAAGAAAACUCACGUAUGGCCAAAAUGCACAGCACUUCAACGGGAAGUUAAUCAAGACAUGCCAACACGACUAUUGAAGACGCAUGCAGGAUUCCUCGUGCCAUCCGAUGCAUACGACACAUGGUACGAUUCCUCGUGCGGUCCGAUCUGCAACUAGUCAUACCAACUGCGUCCAGCAAGCUUCUGGCACAUUUCGACAGGUUAAAGCUAUCGGAGCAGCCGUCUUGCAGAACCUAGCAUGUGUUGUCCAAGACGCGACAAUCUACCUUGUGUCCACCGAACCUCGAAAAGUGUGCUGCAAGGACUGCCUGGCUGUGCACAACCGCAACCUACGAUGUUUGAUGUGCUACAGUGUUGCUGCACAAUCUGGAGAGCAUCACCCGUCGGUCACAGACUGCUGCAGACAGAUUUUGGCGAAGUGUGAUAAAUCCACGGCGUGGCAUGCAGGAUCUGGCAAAAUAAUUGCCAAGACUGCUUCCUUGGUCCACGAGCCGGUGCAUCGGGAGGCGUUCAAGGAGCUGUUGUUCCGGCCUGUGUGCCAACACGACUGUGCGCAGAACUUUCUUUUUUCCUCUACCAACCCUCGCCAAAGGGUCGUGCCAAGAUGUGCCACAUGACUUCUUGUCAAGUGCUCAAAACGCUCGCACUGCACCUGUCACUUGUAUUGUUGCUACCGCGUUGUAAAGAAAGCUGCUGCCGG